AUGAAUGCCCACCUUCGUAGUGUUAAGCUCAUCACGAGGAACCUUCCGCCUACAAACCUCGAUACUAUCUCCAUUAGAGGAAACAACAUUCGAUACUUCAUUCUUCCUGAUUCCUUACCUUUGGAUACUCUCCUUGUAGAUGACGCUCCCAAGCCAAAAGUUAAUAAGCGCAAAGAAGCAAUCAAGGAAAGGUCAAAGUCUGUUAGAGGUUCUGGCCCUCAAAGAGGUGGUCCUAGAGGCGGUAGAGGUGGCCCUAGAGGUAGAGGUGGCCCACCCAGCAUUGGCUUCGGUCUAUUCACCUUCAAAGACUGUCCAGACGCGUACACUGAGUUGCUUACUGAAAUAUCGCAAGCUAAAGACCACCUACGCUCAAAAGGUGUACAUGUUGACUAG